GUUGGGCCUUCAGAUGCAGGACAUCCUCUGCGUACAGCGGAAUGGGCCCUUCCGCUUCUUCGAGGUCACCUUGUCCACCGACGAGAGUUACACCAAGGUCCUGGAGCGGAGCAAGGAGGGGGCCCAGCACCCCCUCCUCGGACGUUACAACAUCGAGCCGCUGUGGUGGCCCGACAAGCGGCCUCCCUUCUGCCGGCAGUGCCACAGUUUUGGACACACCCUGGAGGGAUGCGCCAACCUGCGCUGCCGCAACUGCCUGGAGUCGGGGCACAUGGCCAGGGACUGCAAGGGCCCCCGUCGCUGCAUUCACUGCAACGGCGAGGACCAUCUGGCUCGUUCCUGCCCACAGAAAAAGACUACAUAUGCCGACGCUCUGUCGGGUAACAGAGCAGUCGGCACGGAGAAUGGUGGGGGAGCUCUAGCCCCCACGACUGGGCAGGAACAGCCGGCGACGGGGGCAGGAGGAGAAGCCCUGGUCGAGGUGGAGGAGGCCCCUUCGAGUGCGACACCAAUGCAGGAGGGGUCUCCGAACAAGGUGGAGCAGCUCGCCCUGGCUCCAGGCGUCAGCAGCAGGCGAAAGAAGAGCGGUGCAUCCCCCCGGGGGAGGAAGAAGAGCAGAAGGGAGGCGCAACCCAACGCACCCAGCCCUCCGGCUGCCACCUCGCCAGCAGUGGCGGCCGGGGACCAAGGCCGACAGUGUCCCCCCUCCCCGAUGUUAGAGGCCCCCCGUCUGGUGUGGGACUUGGGACAGUCCCCUGCACCCCCCCAGGAGUACAGCGGUCAACAGGACACUGCUAAUGAACAGGAGUACCUGGGGGGGCUGGAAUUGGGGGACCUUUUGAGGUUGACUGAGGAGGGGGGGCAGUAGGACAGUAUUGUUUUUAAUGGCUGGCUUUUAUUAUUUUAGUUUGUUGUUUUUAAUUGUAUUUUAUUAUUUUAACAUUCUAUGGCCAAUUUUAAUAUUGUCACCUUGAAUGUAAGGGGUUUGAGGAACAUUUUAAAACGUACAUCUGUUUUUAACCAGCUGGCAUCUUCUCCCUUCAGCAUUUGUUUUCUGCAGGAAGUCCACCUCCGGGACCAGCGGGACGAGGCUCUCUUUUCACGACAGUGGAAGAGGGGUAGAUCCUACUGGAGCGUAGGUGGCGUCCACUCCUCAGGCGUCGGGAUCCUUUUUGGCGACCGCGCCUUUGAAGAAGUAAGUGCGUUUACCGUCCUUCAGGGCAGGGUUUUGGGAGUGGACGCCACAUGGAGGGGACAGCGCCUCCGGGCCAUAUGUGUCUACGCUCCGGUGGAGGCCUCGUCCCGUAUAACUCUCUUUGAAGAGUUGUCCCCGUUCUGUGUCACAGAUCGACACUUGAUUUUAGGAGGGGACUUUAACAUCUCG